AAACUCGUUCAGGUCAUAGUCACAAGAAAGAUCUAUUCUUGUUACAAAGUUCAAAUAAGUUUAGUUUUGCGUCAAAUAAUCGUGCUUGUUACAAUUUAUAAAUUCUUUUCAUUAUUCUAGUUGUAUCGUUGGUUUAACUUUUUAGAGACUGAAAUUUUUGUCAUAAGUUUAAACUUCUAGAGGUAAAAAAAAAUAUUAUUUCAGUUACAAUUUAGUUUAUUAAACGUGUUUAAUAUACUAGAGUGGAGCUGAAAUCAGUUGUUUGAAUCUAGAUUUAUCAUGCCUGGAGCAAACUGCGCAGUUUAUGGCUGUGGAAGUAGUAGGUAUAAAAAACAAGGAGAAGAUACAGUAAGUAUUUUUAAACUUCCAAACCCAAAUAGAAGCGAACUUUUCUCAAAUUGGAAUAAAGAAAUACUGAGAAUUAUCACAAGAGAUAGAGUUGUAUCCCUUGAUUUUAAAAAACAAAUCAAAAAGAAUAGUGUUUAUAUAUGUGAAAAGCAUUUUGAAUAUUCAGAUAUAUACACCUAUCAACACAAAAAAGAAUUAAAAGAAUUUGCACUUCCAUCAAAAAACUUACCAAAAAAAACUUUAUCUGAAGAUCUCACUGUGCAUCGUAAAAAAACAGCACUUGACAAAUGAGCUAUGGCUUUAGCAUUACACGGUAGUAAAAAAGUAGAUAAAAAAUUAAUUUAUAAUGAUUUUGAACAGUUUCUUAAAAAAAUUAAAGUAGCAGCAUUUACUACAUGGACUGUUGAAACUUCACAAAACUAUGUGUUAUUUAAAGUUAUUGAUGGGAAACAUUUCAUACCAGAAAUUGAGCUACAUGUGGAUGAGAGUCUAGCUUAUACUAUUCGAGCUUAUGGUUGGCUUUUACCAGACACCCAUCAAAUUUAUAAGAGUAAUUUACGAUCUGUGCCAUACACCAUGAUAUCACAAUUUCUCAAUCACAUUCGUGAUUUCUAUCUGUGCAAUGGAAUAUCAUCCAAUAAAAUAGAAAAUUUUUUGCUUGUAAAGAGACAUGUCGUUAGCAAACUAUUUUCAAUCGAAGAUGAAAAAUGUGAUGAUGGUCCUACAAAUGAAACAGUGUAUUUCAGAUCUUCUACAUGCAGUAUUCUACAAAUUGAGUCAAGUAUUUGUAAAGAAUGUAAAAUAUUAACUAUAAAUAGUAGCAAAGCCAUUAAUGCAAAAAAGAAAAUCUUAAAAACUCCAGCUAGUAUUAAAGCUCCUGUUAAAUAUACUGCGCCUGAAAGAUUACUUCUUACUCUCCAAAAUCAAAGAUCUGAAAAUAGAUAUUUAAAAAAGCAAAUUUUGGAACUCAGGCAAGCCAUUGAAAAAAAUGCAGUAUCAGUUGGAGAAAACAUCCAUCAAGAUCUUCAAAAAAUUAUCAAUAGUUUCUCAGAAAAGGUAAAUUUAAAUAGAGGAGUUUCGUCUUUCAUGAAAUUAUUCCUUUCAGAACAGUUAAAAUAUUUAACAGAACAUCCAUCUCAAACACGAUACCAUCCAAUGGUAAUAAAAUACUCUUUAGCUUUGUAUGCAAAAUCUCCAGCUGCAUAUGAUCUUCUGCGUUUACAAAAAGGUGGAAAAGGUAUACUUGUUUUGCCUUCUCAACGCACUUUAAGAGACUAUAGAAACUACAUCAAACCACAAAGGGGUUUUAAUAGUCAAUAUGUUCAGGAGCUUGCUAAAUUAGUUUCAAACUUUUCAGCACUUGAACAAUACAUUAUACUUUCUUUUGAUGAAAUGAAAAUUCAAAAUGACCUUGUGUGGGAUAAGCACACAGGUGAUUUAAUUGGUUUUGUUGAUCUUGGUGAUGAUGAUCUUACUCAGGCAACUUUUGAAAAAACUGAUACUUUAGCUUCACAUAUUUUAUUUUUUUUUAUUAGAAGUGCAAUGAAUCCCUUAUCUUAUGCUUUUGCAAGUUUUGCUACUGAUAGUAUUAUGUCAUUCCAGGUUUUUCCAAUAUUUUGGCGUGCUGUUGCAAUAUUAGAAAGAACAUGUAAAUUAAAAGUUAUAGCUGUGACUUGCGAUGGAGCUUCACCAAAUCAUGCAUUUUAUAAAAUGCAUAUGAACAAUGACAACAAAGCAAAUGGUAUAACAUAUCGCACAAAAAAUAUUUAUGCCGAUGAUGAACGAUGAUGAACGAUAUAUAUGGUUUUUUUCUGAUCCUCCUCAUCUUAUCAAAACAUCAAGAAACUGUUUGAGCAACUCUGGAUCUAACCGUUGUUCAAGAUAUAUGUGGAAUAAUGGAAAAUAUCUUCUCUGAAGUCAUAUUGCUAAGUUUUACUAUGAAGAUAUGGAAUGUAAUUUAAAUUAUUUUCCUAAACUUACUCGAGACCAUAUAGUAUUAAAUGCAUACUCUAUUAUGAACGUAAAAUUAGCAGUUCAAAUUUUAAGUGCUACAGUUGGCAAUACAUUGCUUGAAUUUGGGCCAGAUGAAGCUUCUGAGACAGCAAAUUUCUGUCUGUUAAUGGAUAAAUUUUUUGAUUGCUGCAAUGUCACAAACACUAAAGAGUACCUCAAAAAUCGUAAAGUAUUUUUGAAACCUUAUACCGAUUGUUCAGAUGAAAGGUUUUACUGGUUAAAAAACACUUUUCUAAAAUAUUUUGUAGACUGGAGGGAAAGCAUAGAAAAAAGGCCAGAAAAAUUUUCUAAAAAAGAACUUAAUAAAAUAUUCAUAUCAAAUCAGACAUUUGAAGGUCUAUCUAGAACAGUAAACUCCUUAGUUGAAUGCGUUCAAUACUUACUAAGCAAAGGAUUUUUAUACGUAUUAACUGAAAUAUUUUGUCAAGACGCAUUGGAGAACUACUUUGGUAAGCAGAGAACUAUAGGUUGCAGUAGGGAUAAUCCUAACCUUAAAGACACUGGAUACAAUGAUAAUAUCAUAAAAUCUCAAUUUACAAUUCAACCCCUUGGUGGAAAUGUUAGGCAGCAUACUAAUGAAUGGGUAAUUGAUGAUACACCGGUUCCCAAGAAACUUAGAAAAAAUAAAUUAACUUAAUUGAA